AUGGCUCGACACCGGCCCACCGCGAGGCACUUCCACAACCAGCCCGAGCUGCAGACGGGCGCCGGCACGGGGCUGAUGCUGAGGUGGAUCCUGUACGUGUGGCUGGCCGGCUGCGUGCCCCUGGGCAACACGGUGAAGCAGGACGGUAAGCACUCAGUCAACUUUCGGCCCUGUAGUCCCGGGCUCAUAGAUUUGGGC